CGGCCACUUGGAGCAGCUCUGCCGCGGGGACUGCACUGUCCGCCCUGCCAGACCCGCCCCGACUGGGGCUCGCCGUCGCCAGCAGUCACAACACUGCGACCUCGGGCCCUUCGCGGGCUAUGGCUGCGUCCUGGGGCUGAGCCCGCAGGUUGUGUGACCAAGAUUCCCAAAGAGAGAGCGACUGAUACAGAAAGAGAAGAAGGAGGGGCGGGCUCCUGGCAAGGCGUUUGCUCCUGAGCCGAGUCCUGCAAAGAUGGAGAAGGAGGAAGAGACAACCCGGGAGCUGCUGCUGCCUAACUGGCAGGGCAGUGGCUCCCACGGGCUGACCAUUGCCCAGAGGGAUGAUGGAGUCUUUGUACAGGAGGUGAUGCAGAACUCCCCUGCGGCUCGCACUGGGGUGGUCAAGGAGGGGGACAAGAUUGUGGGUGCCACCAUCUACUUUGAAAACCUACCGUCUGGUGAGGUGACCCAGUUGCUGAAUACCAUGGGGCAUCACACUGUUGGGUUGAAGUUGCAUCGUAAAGGGGACCGUUCCCCUGAGCCUGGGCAGACCUGGACCCAUGAAGUCUUCAGUUCCCGUAGCUCUGAGGUGGUUCUGAGCGGUGACGAUGAGGACUACCAGCGCAUCUAUACCACAAAGAUCAAACCACGCCUGAGGUCGGAGGAUGGAGUAGAAGGGGACCUUGGGGAGACCCAGAGCCGUACCAUCACAGUGACCAGAAGGGUGACAGCCUACACUGUGGAUGUGACCGGUCGGGAAGGAGUGAAGGACAUUGACAUCAGCAGCCCUGAGUUCAUGAUCAAGAUACCAAGGCAUGAAGUGACUGAAAUCUCCAACACAGAUGUGGAAACCCAACCCGGGAAAACAGUGAUCCGACUGCCCUCGGGAUCUGGGGCAGCCUCUCCAACCACAGGCUCUGCUGUGGAUAUCCAGGCAGGUGCCAUUUCUGCUUCAGGACCAGAGCUUGAAGGUGCUGGCCACUCAAAAUUCCAGGUCACUAUGCCUGGAACAAAGGUGGGAAGCCUAGAUGUCAAUGUCAAAGCAAAAGGCUUGGACUUGGGUGGCAAAGGAGGGAUCCAAGUUCCAGGAGUGGACGUUUCGUCUUCUCUUGGGGCUGGCUCAGUAGAGGUACAGGGCCCAUCCUUCCAGAGUGGUGAUAUUGGGAAAAUUAAAAUUCCUACCAUGAAGAUGCCAAAAUUUGGUGUCUCAGCAGGCCUGGAGGGCCAGAUACCAGAGGUAGGGCUGAAUGUUUCUGCACCUGAAUUCUCUAUGGGACACAAAGGUGACAAGCCAGGCUUGGCUAUUGGGAAAAAUAUCCAGACUCCUCAUCUGGAAGUAAGUACCUCCUCUGUCAAUAUUGAGGGGCUUGAGGGGAAGCUGAAGGGUCCCCAAAUCACUGGGGCAUCACUUGAGGGUGACUUAGGCCUGAAAGGUACAAAGCUGCAAGGGAACAUAGGAAUGGAUGCCUGUGCUUCCAAAAUUGAGGGCAGCAUCACUGGUCCCAGUGUAGAAAUCGGAAGCCCUGAUGUUGAUGUUCAUGGGCUAGGGGGCAAACUGAAUGUGCCCAAGAUGAAAGUCCCUAAAUUCUCUGCAUCAGGUUCAAAGGGAGAGGGAGUUGGCCUUGAUGUGGUACUGCCCACAGGUGAAGUGACCCUUCCUGGGGUCUCUGGGGAUGUCAAUCUGCCUGAGAUUGCUACUGGUGGGCUCGAAGGGAAGAUGAAGGGUGCUAAAGUCAAGACUCCUGAAAUGAUUGUCCAGAAACCUAAAAUCUCCAUGCAGGAUGUGGAUCUGAGCCUUGGAUCCUGUAAACUAAAAGGAAAUAUGAAGGUAUCAACUCCCGAGGUGAAAGGUGAUGUUAAAGGCCCUCAGGUGGCAGUUAAAGGCUCCAGAGUGGACAUAGAGACACCAGACUUAGAGGGUACCUUGACAGGUCCCAAGCUCAGCAGCCCUUCUGGAAAAAUAGGAACCUGUAGGAUUUCCAUGGCAGAUGUAGACUUAAAUGUAGCUACACCUAAAGGGAAAGGAGGUGUAGAUGUUAUUCUCCCCAAAGUAGAAGGAAAAGCCAAAGGUCCUGAAGUUGAUGUCAAAGGCCCCAAAAUGGACAUCCGUGCCCCAGAUGUGGAAGUUCAUGGUCCAGAGUGGAACUUGAAGAUGCCCAAGUUCAGUGUCCCAGGAGUCAGAGAAGGCCCAGAUGUAAAUGUUACUCUGCCUAAAGGAGAUAUCAGUAUUUCAGGACCUAAGGUAAAUGUAGAAGCUCCAAAUGUCAACAUGGAAGGUCUGGGGGGCAAACUUAAAGGCCCUGAUAUUAAUCUUCCUGAAGUAAGUGUCAAGACUCCAAAGAUUUCUAAGCCUGAUGUGGAUCUGAAUAUCAAAGGGCCAAAGGUGAAGGGAGAGUAUGAUGUAACAACACCAAAGCUUGAAGGAGAACUGAAAGGCCCCAAAGUAGACAUUGACACCCCACAAAUGGAUGUUCAUGGCCCAGACCUGAAGAUUCCCAAGAUGAAAAUGCCCAAAUUCAGUGUGCCAGGGUUCAAAGCAGAGUGUCCAGAAGUGGAUGUGAACCUGCCCAAGGCUGACAUUGGCAUUUCUGGGACUAAGGUGGAGGUCAGUGCUCCAGAUGUAAGCAUUGAAGGACCAGAAGGGAAGUUGAAAGGGCAUAAGUUUAAAAUGCCUGAAAUGAAUAUCAGAGCUCCAAAGAUCUCCAUGCCAGAUGUGGACUUACACUUAAAAGGCCCCAGUGUAAAGGGAGAAUAUGAUGUCACAGUACCAAGGGCAGAAGGUGAGAUUAAAGUUCCUGAUGUUGAACUUAAAAGUGCUAAAGUGGACAUUGAUGUUCCAAACGUAGAUGUCCAAGGUCCUGAAUGGCAUAUGAAGACGCCCAAGAUAAAAAUGCCCAAGUUUGGAAUGCCAGGCUUCAAGGCAGAGAGCCCAGAAGUGGAGGUGAAUCUCCCGAAGGCCGACAUUGAUGUCUCAGGACCCACGGUGGAUGUCAAAGUUCCGGAUGUGAAUGCCGAAGGACCUGAAGGAAAACUGAAGGGACCUAAGCUGAAGAUGCCUGAGAUGAAUAUCAAGGCCCCAAAGAUAUCCAUGCCUGAUGUGGAUUUGCAUAUGAAAGGUCCCAAGGUAAAAGGAGAAUAUGAAGUCACAAUGCCAAAGCUGGAAGGAGACUUGAGAGGCCCCAAAGUAGAUGUCAGUGCUCCAGAUGUUGAUGUUCAUGGUCCUGAUUGGAACUUGAAAAUGCCAAAGAUUAAAAUGCCCAAAUUCAGCAUGCCUAGUCUCAGAGGAGAAGGCCCAGAGUUGGAUGUGAGCAUGCCCAAGGCUGAUGUGGACAUUUCUGUACCAAAGCUAGAUAUCAGUGCUCCAGAUUUGAACCUUGAGGGGCCAGAAGGGAAGUUGAAAGGCCCCAAAUUUAAGAUGCCUGAGAUGCACUUCAAGGCUCCAAAGGUGUCUCUACCAGAUGUGGACGUGGAACUCAAAGGACCCAAAAUGAAAGGAGAUCUAGAUAUGUCUGCACCAAAAAUAGAGGGAGAGAUGAAAGUUCCAGAUGUGGACAUUAAAGGUCCGAAUGUAGAUAUUAAAGCACCAAAAGUUGAUGGACAAGGCCAAGACUGGAGCCUGAAGAUGCCAAAGAUGAAAAUGCCCAAGUUCAGUAUGCCUACUCUCAAAGGUGAGGGCCCAGAUGUAGAUGUGAGCUUGCCUAAGGCUACUAUUGAUGUCUCAGGACCUAAAGUUGAUAUUGAGGCCCCAGAUGUGAGCAUCGAGGGACCAGAAGGAAAGCUGAAGGGCCCCAAGUUUAAGAUGCCUGACAUGCAUUUCAAAGCCCCAAAGAUUUCAAUGCCGGAUGUGGACUUAAACAUGAAAGGCCCCAAAGUCAAAGGGGACAUGGAUAUGACAGUACCUAAGAUAGAAGGUGAAAUGAAAGUUCCAGAUGUGGACAUCAAAGGCCCCAAAGUGGACAUUGAUGUCCCAGAUGUGGAUGUGCAGGGCCCAGACUGGCACCUGAAGAUGCCCAAGAUGAAAAUGCCCAAGUUCAGCAUGCCUGGUUUCAAAGCAGAGGGUCCAGAAGUGGAUGUGAACCUGCCUAAGGCUGACAUUGAUGUCGCAGGACCCAAAGUUGAUAUUGAGGCCCCAGAUGUGAGCAUCGAGGGACCAGAAGGGAAGCUGAAGGGCCCGAAGUUUAAGAUGCCUGACAUGCACUUCAAGGCCCCCAAGAUCUCCAUGCCUGAUGUGGACUUGAAUAUUAAGGGGCCCAAAGGAAAAGCAGAUGUAGAUGCAUCAUUGCCUGAGGUACAGGGUGAAAUAAAAGUGCCAGAAGUGGACAUUAAAGGGCCAAAAGUUGGCAUUGAUGCUCCAGAUGUUGAGGUUCAUGGCCCAGACUGGCACCUGAAGAUGCCUAAGAUGAAAAUGCCCAAGUUCAGUAUGCCUGGCUUCAAAGGAGAGGGCCUAGAAAUAGACACCCCUAAGGCCAACAUUGAUGUUUCAGGACCCAAGGUAGACAUUGAUGUUCCAAAUGUAAAUAUUGAAGGUCCAGAUACAAAACUAAAAGGUCCAAAAUUUAAGAUGCCAGAAAUGAACAUAAAGCCUCAGAAGAUAUCCAUGCCGGAUGUUAGCUUGAAUUUGAAAGGUCCUAAAGUAAAAGCAGAAUAUGAUGCCUCAGUUCCAAAAGUGGGAGGAGAAAUAAAAGCUCCUGCUGUUGACAUCAAAGGCCCCAAAGUAGAGGCACCAGAUGUGGAUGUGCAGGGCCCAGACUGGCACCUGAAGAUGCCUAAGAUAAAAAUGCCCAAGUUCAGCAUGCCUGGCUUCAAAGGAGAGGGCCCAGAAGUAGAUGUCAACCUGCCCAAGGCUGACAUUGAUGUCUCAGGACCUAAGGUGGACAUUGAAGUUCCAGAUGUGAAUAUUGAAGGUCCAGAAGGAAAACUAAAGGGUCCCAAGUUCAAGAUGCCAAGCAUGAAUAUACAGACACAUAAGAUAUCUAUGCCUGAUGUUGGGCUUAAUUUGAAAGGACCUAAAUUGAAAAGUGGUGUAGAUGUUUCUCUUCCAAAAGUGGAGGGAGAUUUGAAAGGUCCUGAAGUUGAUGUGGAUGUUGGUGAUAUUGAUAUUGAAUGUCCAGAAGGGAAGCUGAAGGGUCCCAAGUUUAAGAUGCCUGACAUGCACUUCAAAGGCCCUAAGAUCUCCAUGCCUGAUGUAGAUUUACACCUGAAAGGCCCCAAAGUCAAGGGGGACAUGGAUGUGGAAGUGCCCAAGAUAGAAGGUGAAAUGAAAGUGCCAGAUGUGGACAUCAAAGGCCCUAAAGUGGACAUCAAUGCCCCAGAUGUGGAUGUUCAUGGUCCAGACUGGCACCUGAAGAUGCCCAAGAUGAAAAUGCCCAAGUUCAGCAUGCCUGGUUUCAAAGCAGAGGGUCCAGAAGUAGAUGUGAACCUGCCUAAGGCUGACAUUGAUGUCUCAGGGCCCAAAGUAGACAUUGAUGUUCCUGACUUGGAUGUUGAGGGUCCAGAAGGAAAACUGAAAGGCUCCAAAUUUAAGAUGCCCAAGUUGAAUAUCAAGGCUCCCAAGAUCUCCAUGCCUGAUGUGGACUUAAAUUUGAAGGGGCCCAAACUGAAAGGAGAGAUAGAUGCUUCUGUGCCAGAAAUGGAAGCUGAUCUCAGAGGUCCUCACGUUGAUAUCAAAGGGCCAAAUAUGGAUGUGAAAGUUCCUGAUGUUGAUCUGGAAUGUCCUGAAGCAAAGUUGAAAGGCCCCAAGUUCAAGAUGCCUGACAUGCAUUUCAAGGCCCCUAAGAUCUCCAUGCCUGAUGUGGACUUGCAUCUGAAAGGCCCCAAAGUCAAGGGGGACAUGGAUGUGGCAGUGCCAAAAUUAGAGGGAGAAUUAAAAGGCCCAAGUGUGGAUGUGGAAGUGCCUGAUGUUGAUCUGGAAUGUCCUGAAGCAAAGUUGAAAGGCCCCAAGUUCAAGAUGCCUGACAUGCACUUCAAAGCCCCCAAGAUCUCCAUGCCUGAUGUGGACUUACAUCUGAAAGGCCCCAAAGUCAAGGGGGACAUGGAUGUGGCAGUGCCCAAGAUAGAAGGUGAAAUGAAAGUGCCAGAUGUGGACAUCAAAGGCCCUAAAGUGGACAUCAAUGCCCCAGAUGUGGAUGUUCAUGGUCCAGACUGGCACCUGAAGAUGCCCAAGAUGAAAAUGCCCAAGUUCAGCAUGCCUGGCUUCAAAGGAGAGGGCCCAGAAGUAGAUGUAAGCCUGCCUAAGGCUGAUCUUGAUGUCUCAGGACCCAAGGUGGACAUUGAUGUUCCAGAUGUGAAUAUUGAAGGUCCAGAAGGGAAGCUGAAGGGCCCGAAGUUUAAGAUGCCUGACAUGCACUUCAAGGCCCCCAAGAUCUCCAUGCCUGAUGUGGACUUGCAUCUGAAGGGCCCUAAAGUCAAGGGGGACAUGGAUGUGGCAGUGCCAAAAUUAGAGGGAGAAUUAAAAGGCCCAAGUGUGGAUGUGAAAGUUCCUGAUGUUGAUCUGGAAUGCCCUGAAGCAAAGUUGAAAGGCCCCAAGUUCAAGAUGCCUGACAUGCAUUUCAAGGCCCCUAAGAUCUCCAUGCCUGAUGUGGACUUGCAUCUGAAAGGCCCCAAAGUCAAGGGGGACAUGGAUGUGGCAGUGCCAAAAUUAGAGGGAGAAUUAAAAGGCCCAAGUGUGGAUGUGGAAGUGCCUGAUGUUGAUCUGGAAUGUCCUGAAGCAAAGUUGAAAGGCCCCAAGUUCAAGAUGCCUGACAUGCACUUCAAAGCCCCCAAGAUCUCCAUGCCUGAUGUGGACUUACAUCUGAAAGGCCCCAAAGUCAAGGGGGACAUGGAUGUGGCAGUGCCCAAGAUAGAAGGUGAAAUGAAAGUGCCAGAUGUGGACAUCAAAGGCCCUAAAGUGGACAUCAAUGCCCCAGAUGUGGAUGUUCAUGGUCCAGACUGGCACCUGAAGAUGCCCAAGAUGAAAAUGCCCAAGUUCAGCAUGCCUGGCUUCAAAGGAGAGAGCCCAGAAGUAGAUGUGAGCCUGCCUAAGGCUGACCUCGAUGUCUCAGGACCCAAGGUGGACAUUGAUGUUCCAGAUGUGAAUAUUGAAGGUCCAGAAGGGAAGCUGAAGGGCCCGAAGUUUAAGAUGCCUGACAUGCACUUCAAGGCCCCCAAGAUCUCCAUGCCUGAUGUUGAUUUCAAUUUAAAGGGUCCUAAAAUCAAAGGAGAUAUUGAUGUUUCAGCCCCAAAGCUUGAAGGAGAAUUAAAGGGUCCAGAAGUGGAUGUCAAGGGCCCCAAAUUAGAUGCAAACUUACCAGAAGUAGCUGUGGAAGGCCCAGAAGGUAAAUGGAAAAGCCCAAAGUUUAAGAUGCCAGACAUGCACUUCAAAACUCCCAAAAUCUCCAUGCCAGACAUUGAUCUUCACUUAAAGAGUCCAAAGAUAAAGGGGGAAGUGGAUGUAGAUGUUCCCAAAUUGGAAGGAGACAUCAAAGGGCCAAAUGUGCACAUGAGCGAGCCAGACCUUGAGAUUGAAGGACCAGAGGGCAAAUUGAAAGGCCCAAAGUUCAAAAUGCCUGAGAUGAACAUCAAAGCCCCCAAGAUCUCCAUGCCUGACAUUGACUUACAUCUUAAGGGACCCAAAGUGAAGGGUGAUGUAGAUGUUUCUCUACCUAAGGUAGAAGGUGACCUCAAAGGCCCAGAGGUUGACAUCAAAGGCCCUAAAGUGGACAUUGAUGUUCCAGAUGUGAACAUUGAAGGUCCAGAUGCAAAACUGAAGGGCCCCAAGUUCAAGAUGCCGGAGAUGAACAUCAAGGCUCCCAAGAUCUCCAUGCCUGACAUUGACUUAAACCUGAAAGGCCCAAAAGUGAAGGGUGAUGUGGACGUGUCUCUGCCCAAAGUGGAAGGUGAGAUUAAAGUUCCUGAAGUUGACAUCAAAGGCCCCAAAGUGGACAUCGAUGUUCCAGAUGUGGAUGUUCAUGGUCCAGACUGGCACCUGAAGAUGCCCAAGGUGAAAAUGCCCAAGUUCAGCAUGCCUGGCUUCAAAGGAGAGGGUCCAGAAGUAGAUGUGAACCUGCCCAAGGCUGACAUUGAUGUCUCAGGACCCAAGGUGGACAUUGAUGUUCCAGAUGUGAAUAUUGAAGGUCCGGAUGCAAAACUGAAGGGCCCCAAGUUCAAGAUGCCUGAGAUGAACAUCAAGGCUCCCAAGAUCUCCAUGCCAGAUUUACAUCUUAAGGGACCCAAAGUGAAGGGUGAUGUAGAUGUUUCCCUACCAAAUGUGGAAGGUGACCUCAAAGGGCCAGAGGUUGACAUCAAAGGCCCCAAAGUGGACAUUGAUGUUCCAGAUGUGGAUGUUCAUGGUCCAGACUGGCACCUGAAGAUGCCCAAGGUGAAAAUGCCCAAGUUCAGCAUGCCUGGCUUCAAAGGGGAGGGUCCAGAAGUGGAUGUGAGCCUACCUAAGGCUGACCUUGAUGUCUCAGGACCCAAGGUGGACAUUGAUGUUCCAGAUGUGAAUAUUGAAGGUCCAGAUGCAAAACUGAAGGGCCCCAAGUUCAAGAUGCCUGAGAUGAACAUCAAGGCUCCCAAGAUCUCCAUGCCAGAUUUACAUUUUAAGGGUCCCAAAGUGAAGGGUGAUGUGGACAUCUCUCUGCCCAAAGUGGAAGGUGACCUCAAAGGGCCAGAGGUUGACAUCAAAGGCCCCAAAGUGGACAUUGAUGUUCCAGAUGUGAAUAUUGAAGGUCCAGAUGCAAAAUUAAAAGGCCCUAAGUUCAAGAUGCCUGAGAUGAACAUCAAGGCUCCUAAGAUCUCAAUGCCUGACAUUGACUUAAACCUGAAAGGCCCCAAAGUGAAGGGUGAUGUGGACGUGUCUCUGCCCAAAGUGGAAGGUGAAAUUAAAGUUCCUGAAGUUGACAUCAAAGGGCCCAAAGUGGACAUUGAUGUUCCAGAUGUGGAUGUUCAUGGUCCAGACUGGCACCUGAAGAUGCCCAAGAUGAAAAUGCCCAAGUUCAGCAUGCCUGGCUUCAAAGGGGAGGGUCCAGAAGUAGAUGUGAACCUGCCCAAGGCUGACCUUGAUGUCUCAGGACCCAAGGUGGACAUUGAUGUUCCAGAUGUGAAUAUUGAAGGUCCGGAUGCAAAACUGAAGGGUCCUAAGUUCAAGAUGCCGGAGAUGAACAUCAAGGCUCCUAAGAUCUCCAUGCCAGACAUGAAUCUUAAUCUUAAAGGCCCCAAUGUGAAAGGAGAUGUGGAUGUUUCCCUUCCAAAUAUAGAGGGUGAUUUGAAAGGCCCUUCUCUUGACAUAAAGGGCCCAAAAUUAGAUGUAAAUGCUCCAGAUAUUGAAAUUCAUGGUCCUGAGGGCAAAUUAAAAGGUUCCAAACUGAAAAUACCCGAUAUGCAUGUAAACAUGCCCAAAAUCUCCAUGCCAGAAAUUGACUUGAAUUUAAAGGGCUCAAAGGUCAAGGGAGAUGUUGAUAUCUCUGGACCCAAACUGGAGGGUGACAUUAAAACUCCAAAGGUGGAUGUGAAAGGCCCAGAAGUGGACAUUUCUGCUCCUAAGGUCAAUAUAGAUGGGAAAGCAAAGAAAUCUCGUUUUAAGCUUCCUAAGUUUAAUUUUUCUGGGUCCAAAGUUCAGACACCUGAAGUGGAUGUCAAACUUAAAAAGCCAGAUGUUGAUAUAACAGCUCCAAAAGUUGAUAUUAAUGCUCCAGACGUUGAAGUCCAAGGUAAAGUAAAAGGAUCCAAGUUUAAAAUGCCUUUCCUGAGCAUUUCAUCUCCCAAAGUCUCCAUGCCUGAUGUGGAGCUAAACUUGAAAGGUCCUAAAGUCAAAGGAGACUUAGAUGCAACAGGCCCAAAUUUAGAAGGAGACUUCAAAGGUCCCAAAAUGGACAUUAAAGCACCAGAUGUUCAACUUAAUGCACCAGAUGUGGAUGUUCAUGGUCCAGAAUGGAAUCUGAAGAUGCCCAAGAUGAAAAUGCCCAAGUUCAGCGUGCCUGGCUUAAAAGCAGAAGGACCUGAUGUUUCUGUGGAUUUGCCAAAAGGAGACAUCAAUAUAGAAGGUCCCAGUAUGAAUAUUGAGGGCCCAGAUCUCAAUGUGGAAUGUCCAGAGGGAAGCUUAAAAGGUCCCAAAUUUAAGAUGCCUGAGGUGAACAUCAAGGCUCCCAAGAUCUCCAUGCCUGACAUUGACUUAAAUCUGAAAGGCCCCAAAGUGAAGGGUGAUGUGGAUGUGUCUCUGCCCAAAGUGGAAGGUGAGAUUAAAGUUCCUGAAGUUGACAUCAAAGGCCCCAAAGUGGACAUUGAUGUUCCAGAUGUGAAUGUUCAUGGUCCAGACUGGCACCUGAAGAUGCCCAAGGUGAAAAUGCCCAAGUUCAGCAUGCCUGGCUUCAAAGGGGAGGGCCCAGAAGUAGAUGUGAACCUGCCCAAGGCUGACAUUGAUGUCUCAGGACCCAAGGUGGACAUUGAUGUUCCAGAUGUGAAUAUUGAAGGUCCAGAUGCAAAACUGAAGGGCCCCAAGUUCAAGAUGCCGGAGAUGAACAUCAAGGCUCCCAAGAUCUCCAUGCCUGACAUUGACUUAAACCUGAAAGGCCCCAAAGUGAAGGGUGAUGUGGACGUGUCUCUGCCCAAAGUGGAAGGUGAGAUUAAAGUUCCUGAAGUUGACAUCAAAGGCCCCAAAGUGGACAUUGAUGUUCCAGAUGUGGAUGUGCAGGGCCCAGACUGGCACCUGAAGAUGCCCAAGGUGAAAAUGCCCAAGUUCAGCAUGCCUGGAUUCAAAGGAGAGGGUCCAGAAGUAGAUGUGAACUUGCCCAAGGCUGACAUUGAUGUCUCAGGACCCAAGGUGGACAUUGAUGUUCCAGAUGUGAAUAUUGAAGGUCCAGAUGCAAAACUGAAGGGUCCUAAGUUCAAGAUGCCGGAGAUGAACAUCAAAGCUCCUAAGAUCUCCAUGCCUGACAUUGAUUUACAUCUUAAGGGACCCAAAGUGAAGGGUGAUGUAGAUGUUUCUCUACCUAAGGUAGAAGGUGACCUCAAAGGGCCAGAGGUUGACAUCAAAGGCCCCAAAGUGGACAUUGAUGUUCCAGAUGUGGAUGUUCAUGGUCCAGACUGGCACCUGAAGAUGCCCAAGAUAAAAAUGCCCAAGUUCAGCAUGCCUGGCUUCAAAGGGGAGGGUCCAGAAGUAGAUGUGCGCCUACCUAAGGCUGACGUUGAUGUCUCAGGACCCAAGGUGGACAUUGAUGUUCCAGAUGUGAAUAUUGAAGGUCCAGAUGCAAAACUGAAGGGCCCCAAGUUCAAGAUGCCUGAGAUGAACAUCAAGGCUCCCAAGAUCUCCAUGCCUGACAUUGACUUAAACCUGAAAGGCCCAAAAGUGAAGGGUGAUGUGGACGUGUCUCUGCCCAAAGUGGAAGGUGAGAUUAAAGUUCCUGAAGUUGACAUCAAAGGCCCCAAAGUGGACAUCAAUGCUCCGGAUGUGGAUGUUCAUGGUCCAGACUGGCACCUGAAGAUGCCCAAGGUGAAAAUGCCCAAGUUCAGCAUGCCUGGCUUCAAAGGAGAGGGUCCAGAAGUAGAUGUGAACCUGCCCAAGGCUGACAUUGAUGUCUCAGGACCCAAGGUGGACAUUGAUGUUCCAGAUGUGAAUAUUGAAGGUCCAGAUGCAAAACUGAAGGGCCCCAAGUUCAAGAUGCCGGAGAUGAACAUCAAGGCUCCUAAGAUCUCCAUGCCAGAUUUACAUCUUAAGGGACCCAAAGUGAAGGGUGAUGUAGAUGUUUCCCUACCAAAUGUGGAAGGUGACCUCAAAGGGCUAGAGGUUGACAUCAAAGGCCCCAAAGUGGACAUCAAUGCUCCGGAUGUGGAUGUUCAUGGUCCAGACUGGCACCUGAAGAUGCCCAAGGUGAAAAUGCCCAAGUUCAGCAUGCCUGGCUUCAAAGGAGAGGGUCCAGAAGUAGAUGUGAACCUGCCCAAGGCUGACAUUGAUGUCUCAGGACCCAAGGUGGACAUUGAUGUUCCAGAUGUGAAUAUUGAAGGUCCAGAUGCAAAACUGAAGGGCCCCAAGUUCAAGAUGCCGGAGAUGAACAUCAAGGCUCCUAAGAUCUCCAUGCCAGAUUUACAUCUUAAGGGACCCAAAGUGAAGGGUGAUGUAGAUGUUUCCCUACCAAAUGUGGAAGGUGACCUCAAAGGGCCAGAGGUUGACAUCAAAGGCCCCAAAGUGGACAUUGAUGUUCCAGAUGUGGAUGUUCAUGGUCCAGACUGGCACCUGAAGAUGCCCAAGGUGAAAAUGCCCAAGUUCAGCAUGCCUGGCUUCAAAGGGGAGGGUCCAGAAGUAGAUGUGAGCCUAUCUAAGGCUGACCUUGAUGUCUCAGGACCCAAGGUGGACAUUGAUGUUCCAGAUGUGAAUAUUGAAGGUCCAGAUGCAAAACUAAAGGGCCCCAAGUUCAAGAUGCCGGAGAUGAACAUCAAGGCUCCUAAGAUCUCCAUGCCAGAUUUACAUCUUAAGGGACCCAAAGUGAAGGGUGAUGUAGAUGUUUCCCUACCAAAUGUGGAAGGUGACCUCAAAGGGCCAGAGGUUGACAUCAAAGGCCCCAAAGUGGACAUUGAUGUUCCAGAUGUGGAUGUUCAUGGUCCAGACUGGCACCUGAAGAUGCCCAAGGUGAAAAUGCCCAAGUUCAGCAUGCCUGGCUUCAAAGGGGAGGGUCCAGAAGUAGAUGUGAACCUGCCCAAGGCUGACCUUGAUGUCUCAGGACCCAAGGUGGACAUUGAUGUUCCAGAUGUGAAUGUUGGAGGGCCAAAUGUAAAAGUGAAGAGUCCCAAAUUCAAGAUGCCUGAGAUGAACAUUAAAGCACCCAAAAUCUCUAUGCCUGACUUGGAUUUGCAUCUGAAAGGUCCUAAAGUGAAGGGAGAUGUCGAUGUUUCCUUGCCUAAAAUGGAAGGUGAACUAAAGGGUCCUGGUAUUGAUAUUAAGGGCCCUAGUGUGGAUAUUGACACUCCUGAUGUCAACAUUGAAGGUCCAGAAGGAAAAUUAAAGGGACCCAAAUUUAAAAUUCCAGACAUGCAUAUCAAAGCUCCCAAGAUCUCCAUGCCUGACUUUGACUUAAAUCUGAGAGGGCCUAAGGUUAAGGGAGAUGUGGACCUUGCACUCCCUAAGGUUGAAGGUGAUCUAAAAGGGCCAGAAAUAGACAUUGAGUGUCCUGAAGGAAAACUCAAAGGCCCCAAAUUUAAGGUGCCUGAUGUCCAUUUCAAAACCCCACAAAUCUCAAUGAGUGACAUUGAUUUGAACAUGAAAGGACCUAAGAUAAAAGGAGAUUUGGACAUUUCUAUUCCUAAACCUGAAGGGGACUUGAAAGGUCCCAAAGUGGAUGUCAAAGGCCCUAAACUGGACAUCGACACUCCUGAUAUUGACAUUCAUGGUCCAGAAGGGAAACUGAAGGGCCCUAAGUUUAAAAUGCCUGAUCUCCACCUCAAGGCACCCAAGAUCUCAAUGCCAGAAGUUGACCUGAAUCUGAAAGGGCCAAAGGUGAAGGGUGAUGUGGACAUGUCUCUGCCCAAAGUAGAAGGUGAGAUUAAAGUUCCUGAAGUUGACAUCAAAGGCCCCAAAGUGGACAUUGAUGUUCCAGAUGUGGAUGUGCAGGGCCCAGACUGGCACCUGAAGAUGCCCAAGGUUAAAAUGCCCAAGUUCAGCAUGCCUGGCUUCAAAGGGGAGGGUCCAGAAGUAGAUGUGAACCUGCCCAAGGCUGACCUUGAUGUCUCAGGACCCAAGGUGGACAUUGAUGUUCCAGAUGUGAAUAUUGAAGGUCCGGAUGCAAAACUGAAGGGCCCCAAGUUCAAGAUGCCCGAGAUGAACAUCAAGGCUCCCAAGAUUUCCAUGCCUGACAUCGAUUUACAUCUUAAGGGACCCAAAGUGAAGGGUGAUGUAGAUGUUUCCCUACCAAAUGUGGAAGGUGACCUCAAAGGGCCAGAGGUUGACAUCAAAGGCCCCAAAGUGGACAUUGAUGUUCCAGAUGUGGAUGUUCAUGGUCCAGACUGGCACCUGAAGAUGCCCAAGGUGAAAAUGCCCAAGUUCAGCAUGCCUGGCUUCAAAGGGGAGGGUCCAGAAGUAGAUGUGAACCUGCCCAAGGCUGACCUUGAUGUCUCAGGACCCAAGGUGGACAUUGAUGUUCCAGAUGUGAAUGUUGAAGGUCCAGAUAUGAAGGUGAAAGGCCCCAAAUUCAGGAUGCCUGAGAUUAACAUCAAAGCUCCCAAGAUCUCCAUGCCUGAUGUUGAUCUGGAGUUAAAAGGACCCAAAGUAAAAGGAGCCUUUGAUGGAUCUGUUCCUAAGAUUGAAGGUACCCUCAAAGGACCUGAAAUAGACCUGAAAGGUCCAGGUCUGGAUUUUGAAGGUCCUGAUGCUAAACUUAGUGGUCCUAACUUGAAGAUGCCAUCACUGGAGGUAUCUGUUCCUAAAAUAACUGGGCCUGAUGCUAAUGUGCACCUCAAGACACCAAAAGUUGGCAUUUCUGGGCCUAAGUUAGGAAGUGGUGAAGUAGACCUCAAGGGGCCUAAAGUUGAUCUAGAAACUCCAAGCUUAGAUGUCCACAUGGAGAGUCCAGAUGUUAACAUUGAGGGGCCAGAUGUUAAAGUUCCGAAAUUUAAGAAACCCAAGUUUGGAUUUGGUGCCAAAAGUCCCAAAGCUGACACCAAGACACCCGUAGUUGAUGUGACUGUCCCUGAAGCGGAGCUGAGUGUUGAGACUCCUGAGAUAAACAUUGGUGGCAAGGGCAAGAAAAGCAAGUUUAAAAUGCCUAAAAUUCACAUGAGUGGUCCUAAGGUUAAGGCCAAAAAACAGGGAUUUGAUUUGAAUAUUCCUGGAGGUGAGAUUGAUGCCAGUCUCAAAGCUCCAGAUAUGGACGUCAGUGUUGCAGGGCCUGAUGCUGCACUUAAAGCUGAAGUAAAAUCUCCCAAAGUCAAGAAAACUAUGUUUGGAAAAAUGUACUUUCCAGAUGUAGAAUUUGACAUUAAGUCACCUAAAUUUAAAGCAGAGGCUCCCCUACCUACCGCCAAGCUGGAGGGUGAAAUCAAGGUGCCAGAUGUGAAUAUUUCCUCGCCAGGGAUGAAUGUGGAAGGUCCUGAUAUUCAUGUGAAGGCUCCCAAGUUCAAGGUGCCAGGUGUGGAGGCCUCAGGGCCAAAGAUAGAGGGCAACUUGAAAGGGCCCAAGGUGCAGGCAAACUUGGACACACCUGACGUCAACAUUGAAGGCCCGGAAGGUAAAAUCAAAGCACCCUCUUUUAGUGUUUCUGCUCCUCAAGUCUCCAUACCCGAUGUGAAUGUUAAGUUGAAAGGACCAAAGAUAAAGGGUGAUGUUCCCAGUGUGGGUCUCGAAGGAACUGAUGUAGAUCUGCAAGGUCCAGAAGGAAAAAUCAAGUUUCCUAAGUUUUCAUUGCCCAAGAUCAGUGCCCCUGGUGUGAAGAUGGAAGGUGGGAGCACUGAGAUCCAUGCCCAGAUGCCCUCUCUUGAAGGAGGUUUGAGCACACCAGAUGUUAAGCUUGAAGGGCCUGAUAUGUCUCUAAAAGGCCCAGGAGUGGACUUGCCUUCUGUGGACCUCUCUAUGCCAAAAGUAUCUGGGCCUGAUCUUGACCUGAACUUGAAAGGACCAAGUUUGAAGGGAGACCUGGGUGCCUCCGGUCCCAGCAUGAAGCUGCAUGCCCCAGGUCUUGACCUCAGAGGUGUUGAUGGAAAAAUACAGAUAGGAGCAGAUGGUAUGAAAGUGUUGGGGAUUGAUGCCGCAACAGCACUCAAUGUGGUGGCACCAGAUGUGACACUGAAGGGACCAAGUCUACAGGGAGACCUGGCUGUGUCUGGAGACAUCAAAUGCCCUAAAGUAUCUGUGGGUACUCCUGAUAUUAACUUGGAGGCCUUAGAAGGUGGUGUCAAAUUUCCUCACAUGAAGCUGCCUCAGUUUGGCGUCUCUACUCCGGGAUCUGACUUGGACAUUAACAUUAAGGGUCCACAAGUUUGUGGAGAACUUAAGGGGUCAGGGAUGGAUGUGAACCUGAAAGGGCCUCAGAUCUCAGCACCAAACAUGGACUUUAAUUUGGAAGGACCAAAAGUGAAGGGGAACCUCGGGGCUGCUGGUGAACUGAAAGGCCCAGCGAUUGGGGGAGGUCUUCCAGGCAUCAGCAUUCAAGGCCCAGAAGGAAACCUCCAAAUGCCUGGGAUUAAGGCUUCUGGAUGUGAUGUGAAACUCUCAUCAGGGCAGAUUUCUGGUCCCGAAAUUAAAGGAGAGAUGAAAGGUUCAGGAAUAGGUCUCCAUGGGGCUGUUCCUGAUAUCAGUGUCAAGGGGCCUUCCUUUAAUGUGGCGUCUCCUGAGUCAGAUUUUGGUGUCAGCUUGAAAGGCCCCAAAGUCAAAGGAGGUGUAGAUGUUUCAGGAGGUGUCAGUGUCCCAGAUAUCAACCUGGGUGAAGGGCAUAUGAGUGUCAAAGGCUCUGGAGUUGAGUGGAAGGGACCCCAAGUCUCCUCUUCUCUAAACUUGGAUACAUCUAAACUUGCUGGGAACCUUCAUUUCUCAGGACCAAAGAUAGAAGGAGAUGUGAAAGGGGGCCAGAUUGGGCUCCAGGGUCCCGGGCUGAAUGUGUCUGGGCCUGAAGGUCACUUGGAAAGUGGAUCUGGAAAAGUAACAUUCCCCAAGAUGAAGAUCCCUAAGUUCACCUUCUCUGGCCGUGAGCUCAUUGGUAGAGAAGUAGGGGUGGAUGUCAACUUCCCUAAAGUGGAGGCCAGUGUGCAGGCUGGUGCUGGAGAAGGCGAGUGGGAAGAGUCUGAAGUAAAACUUAAAAAAUCCAAAAUCAAAAUGCCCAAGUUUACCUUUUCUAAACCUAAAGGGAAAGGUGGUGUCACUGGCUCACCAGAAGCAUCCAUUUCUGGGUCCAAAGGGGACCUGAAGAGCUCAAAGGCCAGCUUGGGCUCUCUGGAGGGAGAAGUGGAAGCUGAAGCAUCUUCACCCAAAGGCAAAUUCUCUCUAUUUAAAAGUAAGAAGCCAAGACACCGCUCCAACUCCUUCAGUGAUGAGAGGGAGUUCUCAGCGCCUUCCACCCCAACUGGGACUUUGGAGUUUGCAGGUGGAGAAGUUAAAGGCAAACAUGGGAAGCUGAAAUUUGGUACCUUUGGUGGCUUGGGGUCAAAGAGCAAAGGUCAUUAUGAGGUUACUGGGAGUGAUGAUGAGGCAGGCAAGUUACAGGGGAGUGGAGUGUCCUUGGCCUCGAAGAAGUCCCGACUGUCUUCCUCCUCUAGCAACGACAGUGGGACUAAGGUUGGCAUCCAGCUUCCUGAGGUAGAAUUAUCAGUUUCCACAAAGAAAGAGUAGUGGGCCUUCAUGCAUGUACAUAUAUAUACAUAUAAAACCAUCAGCCUUGGGUGUGUUUGUAUAUAAACUCCAAAGAGAAACACCCCAAUAGCCUCAGCAAUAAUGCAAAGAACUUGCCUCUGCCAGUGGCAAGUGCUGACAAACCAAGCGCCUGUAGGCUCCUGGGACUCUGCAGCUAGGUAAACAGUUCUAAGUUCUUCUGGCCCAAGUGCAAAGUGAACAGCAUUUGCCUUAAGAUUUCAGCUUUUUUGGUUUCUUUUUCUUUUCUUUCUUUUUCUUUUUUUCUUUGUUUUUUGCAUUGAACGCUGAGAGCUCGUGUUUACUAAGCAAGCUUUUGUGUUUAUCUUCCUUAUUUUUACUGAACAUCGUUAGUACCUGGGUAAUGGAAACCCACUCUUUUUUCAUUGUAAUGACUUUGGGGGCUUUUGUGAGUAAGGGAGGGUGGGAUAAAAGGUGGCAGAGGGGGCAAGGUCUUAAUUGCUCUGAAGGUUAGACCUGUACAAACAGGGAAGCCCUGGCAUGGCCCUGAGGAGGUGGCAGCCAGUGGGUGGUUGUUGCUCAAUUUCUGUAGCAUGACUUUUUAAUCCCCAGAUGUGUUUGGUGCUCAAGGUGAGAGGGGAUUUGAAUCUGUUUGCAAAUUAUCCAACCCACCAGGUCAAUGUAAGGGGCUUACAUUUUGGGUUUGGUAAGAAAAGUGUUCAUUCAUGACUGCAAUGUCCUGAGAAAAGUUCCGAUUUCUUUUAACAAAUGCCAUCAUGAUUAAGGAAAUGUCUGGCACUUUAAUGGCAAAUUAAUUCAGAAUGUAUGAAAAUCGAUGCUGUACAAGCCAAAUAAAGCUCUUUAUUAACCAUGA